AUGGCAUCGAAAGAACAAGAAAUAAAUAUGUCUGUAUGGCAUGAUCGAGAAAUUCGAUUUGAUGUUCCAACGAAUGAUCUUAAAUGUCGUUCCGGUGAAUUUAUUAUUGAUACACUUAGUUCAGUCGAAGAUACAAAAGGAAAUAAUGGUGAUAAAGGAAAACUUACUAUAUCCAAUAUUCGUCUUAUUUGGCAUAGUCAUGCAUCACCACGUGUUAAUCUUUCUAUUGGUCUUUAUUCGAUUGUAACAAUAACUGUUCGAAAUGCAAAAUCAAAACUUCGUGGUAGUACAGAAUCAUUAUAUCUUUUAACAAAAUCUGGUUCAUCACGUUAUGAAUUUAUAUUUACUAAUCUUAUUUCUGGUUCAAGUGCAAUGCUUAAUUCAGUUGUUGCUGUUCAUAAAGCAUAUGAUUCAUCACGUCUUUAUCGUGAAAUUCGUCUUCGUUCAUCAUUACUUAAUAAAGGUCAAUUACGUAUUUUACCUAAAGAACGUUUACAUAAUCGAUAUAAUGGCGUUUGGAAUCUUUCAUCGGAUCAAGGUAAUCUUGGUAUUUUUCAUAUAACAGAUAUUCGUGUUAUAUGGCAUGCAGAAUUAAAUGAAAAUUUUAAUGUUAGUGUACCAUAUUAUCAAACAAAAAGUAUUAAAGUUCGAGAUUCAAAAUUUGGUUUAGCACUUGUUAUUGAAACAACACCAUAUAGUGGAAAUUAUUUACUUGGAUUUCAAUUAGCACCUGAAGAAAAACUUCGAGAAGUUCAUAAAGAACUUAUUACACUUCAUAGAACUUAUUUUGCAAAUCCAGAAUUUGGUGUACAAUUUUCAAUAGAAGAACAACAACCUGAUCAACCAACAACACGUUUAGAAAGUAAAGUUGAUGAUAUUGAAAUAUUACAAAGUCGAGAACAUACAGAUUCAUAUGCAACUUAUUUGACUGAUACUGGUAAACAUGAUCAUGAACCUGUUUAUUCGGAAGAACUUGGUUUAGCUAUUGAAAAACUGCCACAAGGUUAUACAUUGGCUAGUCUUUGGGAUAUUCUUAGUUGA